AGUCUACUAACUAACAUUUGGUUUAUUUUUUGCUGUAGCUUAAAUAAAACAGCACUUAUUUGUCAGAUUUUCCAAAAUGUAUUUAACUUUAUUUAAUGGCACUGGGUAUACAUUCAGCAUAACUGACUAUAUGGAACUACGCAUGCGACAUAGAAUUUUGGGCGUCCCGGUAGGCACGGCCAACAACAAAUACAAAGGUUGGAGUCCACAGGAUGCCGCUCUGCCCGUGGAGUUUUCAAAAUUCGAGACACAGUUGCUCUUGGACAAAGGUUUAGCAUUACUAGUUGACAAAUCCCGAUCUUUGUCCAUAUCGCCAUCAGCCCAGGAGAUAAAAUAUUACAAGAAAAUGUUUGAUUCACGAAUAGAUGGACAAAAAAAUGCACUUAAGUCGGAGAAACUAAAGGAAACUGAACGUUAUCUGGCCAAAAUAGUUAUGGGGAAACGCAACAAGUUGUUAAAGCUCGGUCUGGUUAAUGAAGCUAACGAAAUGACAGCUGAAAAAGUCCUAAAAGAAAUGGCAGAUGACUUCAAGUUUGAAAUGCACAACACACUGGUGGAGGUUCCCGGGGAGCAUUUGGCUAAGCAUUCCGCAGAAUUGUAUGUGGAACCACUGAUUGAUAUUUCUGGUCUUAAAUAUCGAAUUUUUUGUGAUCUUUGGCAAAAGAAUAAGUUUAUUACGUCGGGAGAGUCAUUUGGUGCUGAUUUUCUUGUCUAUUCUGGCGACCCUCUAAUCUAUCAUGCCUCCCAAAUUGUAAUCGUACUUGAGGAUUCUGUGAUUCGACCGCUGGAGUUCAUUGGCAAGGUCCGUCUCUCCGUCAUAGUCAAUAAGAGCUGCAUUUUUGCCUAUGAGGACAAUAAUGGAAUCUGUUACCAGACUGUAAACUGGUCAAGUUACAUGAAGUGAACCAUAUAAGAAAAUCAUGCUUAUGCUUAUAUAAAAUAAAGCUUAAACAAAAUUCUUA